UGUCAAAACAGUGUCUUUUGCAUAAAAGAUGCAUUCUUCGAAAAUAACAUAAAUAAAGGUUAAAUAAGGAUAUUGUACCCAUUAAUAAUGUCUGGUGGGCUCAUAGAUAAGGUUUAUAUAGGUUUGGACAAUGCGCCUGCCGCAUUUGAUAUUAAAUCAAGAAUACUCGGGCCAAAUGGUACAAACCUUGAAUAUAUUAGAUCAGAGACAGGAGUGGUUGCCGUUUUGAAAAGUGAUAAAUUUGAACCUCUGCACUUGGCACUUCACCAUACAAGGUCAGAGGCACUAGCGGCAGCCAGAUCGUUAGCUCAAAAUCUUAUCGAGACGAUCCGAGCCGAGUUAGCGCAAUGGAGUGCUGCUCAAGCAGGAGGCCCACCACCUGCUCUGAAUGUGCCGCCGCCAACCCUUACCACGACUGCCGCACCGCCACCUGUACCGCCUCCUGUUGUCACAGUAGCACUAUCUACUCCAUCAACAAUGACUACAACAUCACAUCCAUCAGUCAUUCCCCCAGUAGUUAGUGUUGCACCUGCUUCUACACCUUUGAUGACAGUAAGACAACCUACAGUCUUACAGCUGCUACCACAGCAGCAAUAUGUCCUAAAUCAGGAAAGUGGUCAACUAAUACCAAUAGUUCAACCCGGAGUUCAAGUAUCCAACACUAACUUUACAUCACUUCCUUUAGCGCAACAAUUAAGUGCAAUUCAGCAACCAAAUUUUGGUGCUACACAAAUUGUCGAUAUUUCUAAUAUGCAGCCAGUGAAUGUCACUCAAUUGCGACUUAGUGGCGUACCAUCAUCAAUGUCAAUGAUCUUGCCAAAUGGCUUAUCAUUUCCUCAGGCAAGUUUGACAGGUGCUGAUACAACUACUGUUAGUUCAGCUACAGCAACCCCAGUAGUUUGCGCAGCACAAAGCACUAAUGCUUCACAAAAAUUCCUGUAUAGUACCGAUAAAGGUGAUAAAGAAAUUAAGUACCAUAUACAAGGAGCAGAAACAAUGCAAUGGACAGUUCCUGGAUCACAAACAAUGUUAAUACCAUAUCAACAGUUGCAAGAUUUAGCAGCAAGUCAGUCAGGUUUUACCAACAUUCAGCCACAACAAUUUGUAUCUAUUGCUCCAGCGAAUAGCUUUCAACAAACAUCACUUCCAUUAUCACAACUACAGCAGUUACAAGCAACUGGCACAAUAAUGCAAUUGAAUCAAAAGCCAAUAGUAAGCAGUGCGUCUUUAAUAAAUAUUAUUUCUACUGGUCAAGCGUCCUCUCCACAAAUUAUAUCAUUUCAACAAUUUCAGAGUUCGUCUACGCCUACUAAGAAUUCGGGUCAAGAGACGAGAGGUCAAAAAAGGUUGUCCGAUGGUACGCCGAGUCAAUUACAAUUACGACCAAUCGCUCCGGCAGGGUCGCAUGUAAGCCAGGACAAGAGUUCGUCGAGAGAUUCGAGGUCUUGGACAGCCGCCGCAGCUAGAGACAACACUAUGGUCAGCAUGGGUAUGAAGAUUAAUCCGGCUCACGGGACCAUCAUACACGUCUCCUCUGGACAACAGACUAAUGUGUCAGCAUCAACAGUUUCCCAAGACGGUACUGGAAUGUACAUAAAGCAAAUAGACAGGAAUGCAAUUCAAAUACAGACAAGUAAAGAUGGACAGAAGCAAGAUUUGACAACGAAUAAGUUACAGAGCGCCGCGCAGAACGUGCAAAUGAUAACAGUUCCUCAGGGGAUGACUGUGUUGCAAAAUCCACUCAACAUCAGUCAAAUGCCGACAGUCAUCGGCCAGCCGAAUAGCCAAGUUUACAUGAUACCAGCCAAUCAUCCUAAUUUAGUUCAAGGAGGUCUUCCCCCCGGAUUACUCGGCCAACAAGUUCUACAAUCGGGACAGAAUGUAACAGUGAUGCAGCCAAAUCAGCUCGGAAUGCCAGGCGGUGUUCAGUAUAACAUGCCAAUAAUGCCAAUGAAUAUGCCUCCUAAUUCUCAGUAUAUGCAGGCGGGACUGAACCUCAAUGCGCAGUUGUCUGCGCAACAGUUAAAUGCAGCAUUGGCCGGUCAGCAAUUAGCCAAUUCUAACCUAACCGUUUCGGGGACGAUACCAAUCGUUCAAGCGCCGCCGUCCUCGCCGAUGACGAACAAUCCUGCAAUAUCCGGGUCGCAGCCUCCUUCGGUGCAUCAAAUUUUACCCCAAAAUUCUAAUUACCUAACUCCUACCUCGCAGUACGCGGGUAUGCCCCCUCAGUACGUCAUGCAGACAAACUCCGGGGCGUUAACUAUGCCGGCGACCAAUCAGAACGUUCAAUACACUAUGCCCACGAAUCAGGCCACAGCCCCUGCUCCCACCAACGGCAACGGGCAGACGAACACCUCCGAGCCCGACACCGCAAACGGAACGAGCAACCAAACUAACUACAUUUCCUCCUCGUCUCAAGACAACGGGUACUCCAUGUCCGGCACGCCGGCCGUCCAGAACGCCGCGCAACAGAGCUUCCCGGCCGACGGCAGCACCACGCCCACGGCCGGCUACCCCGCGCAGGCCGCCUCGCAGCAGUCCUACUCCAACGGCAGCGGCUCGCAGAACGCCGGCUACAGCGUCAGCCAGGCGUCGACGCAGCCCACGUACGCCAACGGGGCCGCGGCGCAGACGCCCAGCCAGCCCUACGCGCAGGCCUCCACGCCGAGCUCGCAGAACGCGUCGCAGACGAACUUCUCGCCGUCCACGACGCCGGCUCCCAACCAGCCCUACCCCGCGCCCGGCGUGGCCUACCCGACCAGCCAGGGCGCGCAGAACCCGUACCCGAACGCGACGGGGCAGAACCUGGCCGCCUACGCCAGCAACCAGUACCAGUACACGAGCCGGCCGUGGUUCCGGCCGCGCUACGGCUCCCCGCAGGGCUCGCCCUACGCCGGCGCCCCGCCGCUCCCCGUGCCGCCCCCCUCCGCCAACUACAACUACUGGCAGGACAGUUGAGACUUGGAGAGCAUCGUCGACUCGGACAUCGUUCCCGAUUCGUGACACGCGCCGUGCGCCGAACUGAUGAAUAUUUUGCUGUUGAACGAUUCAUCUCUACUGUUCUAAUUCGCGUCGACGAUGGCGUUUCUGUAGUUAUUAAGUAGAUAGUGUCGGUGACCACGACCAUGAAAGUGGCGGACGACGAGUGUCCCAGUGUAUUGUGCAGUAAAGUUUUAUAUGUGACCGAUUAGCCGACCUCCUAUGUUUCCCCUUCGUAUGUUUCCUUUGUACGAGUCCUACAGAUGUCAACCACGUGCCAGGGAGACGAGAAGAAUCUAUAAAUAUAAGAUGUAUGUCAGAGAG